CUUUUCUGCAUGUCUACGUUGCUCGCGAGAGAGCGCGGCUCUUGAGGCACAUGUGGCAAAGCUGGCGAAGCUGGGAUUUUUAAUCGCAGCAUUUCCCGUUCGUUCGCCACCUUGGUAGGGUCGCUAGUUUGCGAGUCAUUUUCUCGGGCGCGAUGGCUGAAGGGUCGAAAACUUUUACUUUAGCCGAAAUCGAAAAGCACAACGAGAAGAACUCGGCAUGGUUACUAAUCCACAAUGCAGUCUACGACGUCACGAAGUUUAUGGAAGAGCACCCUGGUGGUGAAGAAGUACUUCUGGAACAAGCUGGUAAGCAUGCCACUGAAGCAUUUGAAGAUGUUGGACAUUCCACGGAUGCCAGGGAGCUCAUGAAGCAAUACAAGAUUGGAGACCUUUGUGAGGAAGACCAGCAGAAAAUUGAACAAGUCAAAAAAAAGACCCAGUGGACGACCCCAGGCUCUAAUGAAAGCUCGUGGAUGAGCUGGCUCAUUCCAGUUGGUGUGGCAGCCGCGGCCUCCAUCUUGUAUCGGCUGUUCCUGUCUUAUGGCUCUCGUCAAUGAGCCUCGCAUCCCAGUUGGAGUUUGAACGGCAGCUUCGAUCCGAGAGGGUGGCUGGGUGAAAGAGGCUGCAUGCUGUUGACAGUGUUUCGUUUUUUAAUCUCAACGGGAGCAAACUUAUAAUCCAGAGGAUAUCAUGUUAACAUUUUUUUGUACCGUUCAAUUUGUUGUAAGCAUUGAUUGAAAUAUAUGUUCUCUUUGCGGGCAUUCCA